GCAGAAGAUCCAAGAAGCUGUGGUCAAGAAAACUCGUGAGUGGGAAUCAACAAAGGCCGAGCUUGAGACUAAGCUUUCCAAUGUCCAUGCUAGCUUCAAGCAGCCAAGAGUGAAGCUUCUUCAGUUAUAUGUUCUGAUCUCGCCCCUAAGCUUGAUGCUGCUGAAAAAGAGAAUGUGGCCCUCAAAGCCAAAGUCCUUUCUAUGUUGGAGGAGCUAGAACUUAGGAUUAUUGAGCGUAAUUUGAGCACCCAAGCAGCAGAAACAGCCAGCAAACAGCAUUUGGAGAGCAUAAAGAGGUAGCUAGGCUGGAAGCCAAAUGCCGUAGACUCAGAGCCAUGUCUCGGAAAGCAAGUGUGACAAAUGAUCUUAAGUCUUACAGCAGAUGAGGAAAACUAUGACAAGUUGAAUGAAGCACUUGCAAGAGGAGACCACUCAUGGACUGCCCUAACAUUAAAGUUGUGCAGUUCUCUGGAAGUGGCUAAUAAGUUGGUCCAAUCGACACACGGGAAUGCUGGAUUGCUGUUAGAGAAGGUUGAAGAGCUCGAGAAGAUUAUUAAAAGGGGAAAUUCAGCUGUGGCAGCUGUGAAGGCUAUCACCAUAACUUCAGUUGGUGAUGGAAAGCCUUCUACUGGCAGUGAACAUGUAAAGUGAU